AUGAGAACGAGGCUCUUUGCUACUACCCUCACUACUACUCAAAAAUUUAUCACACCUUUCAGAUUACGGCAAAAUCUAUCUUCACUUGCUACCCUUAGGGCUACCACCUCCAAUACUAAUUUGAAUGCUAAUAGUAUAUCAUUCACUCAACAUUACUCGUGCGUUUUAAAGACUCAGCGUAAAUUCUUACAGUCGUCUCGAUGGGCUAAAGGUGAAGUAGUUGAAGAAGACAGCUCUGAUAAACCACCAGGAACAGAUACUCAUGAAAAGAUCAUCAACAUUCUUCGUGCAUCUUCAGCAAUAAAUAGGCAACCUGGCGGAAUCGCUGGACAACCUGAAAAUCGAUCAAGAUUCGUGAAAGCGUUUCAACCGGGCCAAAUCUACAAACCAUCGGAUCUAAGCGAGAAUGUUAAUGUACAACGAAGAAGAUACUUGGAGAAGCCAAAACCUACCGUUGAUGUGUUCAAUGCAUUGGGAAUAAACCCAUUGAAAGAAUAUAAGAAUUACAAUUUACUAUCGAGCUUUGUAUCCGACAUGGGAAAAAUAUUGCCAAGAUCCCAAACAGGUAUAACGGCCAAAAAUCAACGUCGAUUAGCUAAGGCCAUCAAACGCGCACGAUCGUUUGGUCUCAUACCUUCUACACAUCGAAGGCCUAACGAGGAAAUAUCGCUAUACACAAAACCCGCCAGUCGCAACACACCAGAAAGAAAGGGAUUAUUUGAAUUUGACAUGAGAAAAUAA